AUGAAGGAGGGCAUUGAUAUGGAGCCCAGAAUCAUAGAAAGGUUCAUCAAGACAGGAAAUGUUAUGGGGAAAUGUGGAUUUUUCAUUUCCGAAGCUCACCCUUUCUUAGGUGCUAGUACCUACUGAGAAAGGACCCUUAGUGGAAAUCAAGAAUUAAGUAACAUGAAAAGAGAGCGAAUCCUGAGAAGAUACCCUCUGUAUACCUGGUAUUUACAAACGAAAUAAGGAGAAAAUUGUUUUGAACACAAACCAUAAGUACUUCUACCAACUUCAACAACAACUAUUCUGUAGCAAGUACAAGCAGUCACAUUUGCUGUUUCAGAUGGAGUUCCGUUGA